AUGGAGCAAGCAGGAGAAGAAAAUUUGAAAGAUCAGCAGCCAAUGGCGGCAAGGCAGGUUAAGCUGCUGGAGAGUUCUAUGUCUCACUCUCAACACCACCAAGUCAACCAUCAGGCACCGCAGCAACAGAAGUGUCCGCUGUGUGACUCAACUAACACAAAGUUCUGGUACUACAACAACUACAGCCUAUCCCAACCCCGGUACUUCUGCAAGUCUUGCACAAGGUAUUGGACUCACGGUGGAACUUUGAGGAAUGUCCCUGUCGGUGGUGGUUGCUGGAAGAACAACCGGAGAAAAGCCUCAUCGUCCUCUUCAGACAGUGAGACUGGAAGAACUCAGCCCUUACAACCACCACUAAUUCCAUCCCAGAAUUCUGGGAUUUCAACGGUGAGCAUGAUUUCUCCAAUGAAUUCUAUCUGUUUUGGUGGUGAGAAUUUAUCUCACUCACGGGGAGUCAAUCAAGUAGCUGAGAAUUUGAGUGGCACCACCCAAUUCGACGAUGGAUUUGGUGGCGGCGGUGCGCUAAAUAUUCCAUGUCAAAAGGCACGACAAGCUCAACCUCAAGAAUUCCAAGCGCCUAAUUGUUUUCUCCCAGUUCAGGAACACCUGGUUCAACCCAGGCCUUUUGGUUCUCGGCCUGAAACCUUCAUCAACACCACCACCGCUUCCUCAUACACAACCUCCAAUGUGUGGAAUAAUUCCACAGGCAGUGCGACUGGUCCUUCCAACUACCCUAAUCAAUGGCAUGAUAAUCUGCCAAUCAUGUAUGAAUUAUUACCUUUUUAUAGAGAAUUUGAGUUUUGUUAG